GCGAGCCCAGCGCCCGUUCAGCCCCCGGGACAGACCCGCGUGUCUGUUAACAACCUUCCACGGCCAAGCCCCGAGACAAAGCUGCAGCUCUCCGCUCCCCGAGCAACGCCCGAGAAAGACGGGACCAGUCGGCGAGCGUGGAGCGGCCCCCGCCAAAGGAGCGAAGUCGGACCGCACCCGGGAGCUGUUAAACUUCUCCGGAGCCCCAGCCAGAGCAGAAGCAGAGAGAACAGAAGCCUAGAGAUCCCAGCAGCCAUGGCCUCAGGGACUCCUGUACGGGAAAUCCAAGAGGAAACCAAAUGUUCCAUCUGCCUGGAACAUCUGACGGACCCAGUCACCAUACAGUGCGGGCACAACUUCUGCCAGGUCUGCAUCACUCAGCACUGGGAGACACGGGCAGAGCUGAACUUUGACUCCUUGUGCUGCCCCAGUUGCAGAGCCCGAAUCCAGAAAGGGUCUCUCCGAAAAAACUGUCAGCUAGCAAAUAUAGUGGAAAAAAUCAAACAAAUGGCUUUCCAAGCAGGAAAAGAGAAUCUGUGUGAGAGACACGGCAAAGCCCUGGAUCUGUUCUGUGAUGAGGACGGGGAAGCCGUGUGUGUGGUUUGUGAGAGAUCCUCAGAGCACAGAUCUCACACAGUGCUUCUCAUGGAGGAGGCUGCCCAGAAAUACAAGGAAAAAAUCCGGGCCCAUUUGAAGACUCUGAGGGAAGAGAAAGAAAAGCUUCUGGGAUUUAAAAUGACUAGAGAGGGAAAAAGGCAGGAGUAUCAGAAACGAACACAAACCGAGAGGCAGAAGAUUGUGUCUGAAUUUCAGCAGCUGCGGCAGUUCCUGGAGGAACAAGAGCGACUCCUGCUGGCCCAGCUGGAAAAGCUGGACAAGGAGAUUGUGAGGAUCCAGAAUGAAAAUGUCAGUAAACUCUCAGAGGAGAUUUCCCAUCUCAGUGAGCUGAUCAGUGAGAUGGAGGGGAAGUGUCAGAAGCCAGCAAGUGAAUUCCUGCAGGAUGUCAGAAGCACCUUGAGCAGGUGUAAGAAGGGGAAGUUCCAGCAGCCAGAGGAGAUUUCUCCUGAACUGGAAGAGCGAGUCAGCAAUUUCUCCCAGAAAACUAUUGUGCUAAUGGAGACUCUGAGGAAGUUCAAAGACACUCUGCCUUCUGCACUGGAAGCACAAAUUGGGAAAUCCCUAGGAGCACACAGACAGGCGAAUGUGACCCUGGAUCCAGACACGGCUCAUCCCCGGCUCGUCCUGUCUGAGGCUGGGAAAAGUGUGAGACAGGAAGACACGCGGCAGGAUCUGCCCGACACCCCUGAGAGAUUUGACUCUGAGCCCUGUGUGCUGGGCUGCGGGGGAUUCACCGCGGGGAGACAUUGCUGGGAGGUGGAGGUGGAGGGUGCGGGAGGCUGGGCUGUGGGGGUGGCCAGAGAGUCUGUGAGGAGGAAGGGAGGGAUCCGCUGUAGCCCUGAGGGGGGGAUCUGGGCUGUGGGGCGGCGGCGGUGGGGUCAGUUCCAGGCUCUCACCUCCCCUGAGACCCCCCUGCCCCCGAGCCGGGCCCCCAGCAGGAUCCGGGUUUGUCUGGACUGUGACCGGGGGCAGGUGACAUUUAUCGAGGCCGGUGCCGAGGCCCCGAUCUUCACUUUCCCGCCGGGCUCCGUCCCUGGGGGGAGAAUCCGGCCCUGGCUCUGGGUGCGGGGGGGAUCCCGGCUCCGACUGUGUCCCUGAGACCCACAGCCGAGGGGGAACCGGAAAUCAGCCUCUCUAGCCUCACGGAGCCCGGUCUCUAUGCCCUUGGGGGACUCCCAUCUACCCAGCCCCUGGCCCCUCAUCUCUAUGGCCCCUGGAAGCUCCUCCCCCUCCCUCCCUGCAGCCCCAGCCAUGGGGGGAGGGGGCGGAACCCCUGGGGCUGCAGGAGGGGCAGAGGGGCCCUGAGGGGCAGAGGUGGGGGCUGGGCAGGGACCCAGCAUGAAUCCAUCAGGGUUUGGGGGGCUGGGGAGAAGCAGCGGCGGGGAGCGGUUUGUACAGAUCUGUGGGAUUGGAUCUCAUGGGGUCUCCCAGCCAGAGCUCCUGCCCCAGGGGCCCAAGUCACUUCAGGACACUGGGUAGCACUGUCAUGGUCACACACACACGCAGGGGCAGUGGAGGGGAUGGGUAGGGGGUGCAGAUUGAUGGAAAAACCAUUAUAUAACCUUAAAAAAAUCAUCAUUCGAUCAGUCUCAUGAUUUUUUUAAACUCCUGAGGUUGGCAGCACUGGGGGAGGAAGGGACAGGGCAGGUUUAACCAGAGGGAAUUAGAAGAAGCAGGAAGGAAAAUGUGAAUGAAAAUAAAACAAAAAUAAAGGAAGAGUCCAGGAGAAAUGGUGCAAAAUAGAACUGAGAAGCGUGACAGGAAACUACCCCUGACAGGGGAACCAGCCUGGGGGCAGCAACAGGGGAAGAGAUAAAAUUGGGCGUGGAGGGGGUGGAAUGGAGCAGCCAUGGGGCUGAUCUGUAACAGGGAGGGGAGGAGAGGGGGAGAAACACAGGAAAAUAAACAGGGAUCAGAAGUGAGGAUUAGAAAAAUUAAUAGAAAAGGAGAGUAUGAAAAGAAAGGGAAGAGAGAGUUUUAUGACAUGUUACUGAAAGUGAGACUGUAACUCAUGAAUUCCCUGUAUUAAUUCCUGGGCAUUGGUGUUAGUUUACUGCCUUAAGAAAACUGUUCUCAGUACCUGGGGAUCUCCUUGCCAUGCUGUGGUUAUUAAGGCUCCUUCUCAGCUGCCUUUACUUACCACCUUUAGUAAUGACUGUAAAUAAAACAUUACAAACAA